AUGGCUUUCCACAGCCCUGCAUUUUUUCUGUUUUUGUUGACUGCAAUUCCAUUACUCUCUCAUGCUGAAAUUGCAGAAGAAGUGGCCGUAAAGAUCAAGCUUAUCAAUGCGAAGGGGAAGCAUUAUGGUCUGUUGGUUUCCAGCGAGGCAGAACUCAAAGUAGUUCUGGAUCAGGGAUGGUUCCACCCUGACGAGGACCUGCCUUCUUUGGAUAUCUCUGGUCGAAGGUUCUAUGUGGGAGAAGUUGAAGGGUGCAGGACUAUUCUGGCCAUGACCGGAACUGGAUCAGUUAAUGCAGCCCAGACGACACAGUUGCUACUCACUCACUUCAGUGUAAGGGCAGUAAUUCACAAUGGAAGAGCAGCCAGUGCGAAACCCAACGACCUGAGUAUUGGUGACAUUGCUGUUCCCAGUCAGUUUGCACACACCGGUGUCUGGUAUUGCGAGCCAGAAACUGUUUACUCAGUGAAAGGAAAGCCUGAGGUGGGAAAAUCCAAAUUUUGGUUUCUUGUAGACGACAAAUUGCUUGCUACCGCAAAGGAGAUUGAGGGUAUGGAUUUGGCCCAGUCGGUGGGGAAAUCGCUUAUGGUAAAGAUUAAGAGGGUUGAGAAGGGCGUGUGA